AUGCUGGUCAUUGCCCAGAAUGUGCUGGUGGCUGCCUUCAAUCUCGUCUUGCUGGUGCUGGUGCUGGGGACCAUCCUGCUACCUGUGGUCACCAUGCUAGGCUAUGGCUUCCUCUGCCACUCCCAGUUUCUGUGCUCCCAGGCACCCCCUUGCACCAUGCACCUGUGGGACUCGGUCUUCAUGGCCCUGCUGGUCAGUGGUUUCCUGCUACUCGUGCUGCUGCUCAUCCUUGCCCUGGCCAGCUACCACGGCCUCUGCCUGUGCCUUCAUCUAGCCAACUGCUUCAUGCCUUACAGCCAAGCCCUUUAUUGA